AUGCUCGAGUCGGAGCUGGAUCAGGCACUUGUUUUCGCAGAAGCACUGGCUCGUGAGUGCGGCGAGCUCAUUCGCCAGGCUUUCUUCAAAGACUGGCCGUUCCGAACUGCUCCAGUGGGCGGGUACCACACGGCAUACGACGUUAAGAAACGUACGGAUCCGGUAACAGAAACUGACCGAGCUGUCGAGGAGCUCUGCCGAAGGCGCAUCCUGGAGCGGUACGGUACGGGCCACAGAGUGCUCGGGGAAGAGGGUUUCGACGGGCGCCCUGAAAGCCUCCAGGUCAAAGACUUGGACCCGCCGACCUGGGCAAUCGACCCGAUCGACGGCACGGCCAACUUCGUACACCAUAUUCCGCUAUGUGCUGUCUCUAUUGCGUUGAUCACCGAAGGUCAAGCUCGACUGGGCGUUGUGUACAACCCCAUCAUGGAGGAGAUGUUCGUUGCCCGCCGCAGUCGAGGGGCGUUUCUGAACGGCAAGCCGAUCUUCUGUAGCGGUGUGAGCGAACUCCCCGAUGCAUGUAUUGCUACCGAAUACGGUAGUGAUCGCUCCGCCUCCAAAGUCGCCAUGAUGCUGGAAAUGGUGCGAUCUAUCCUCGAGAACGGCACCCAAGCGGUUCGAAGCACCGGCAGUGCCGCCCUGAAUAUGGCCUUCGUCGCUUGUGGACGUUUCGAUGUGGUCACGGAAUGGGGUCCGUAUACCUGGGAUCUCGCCGCUGGUCAAGUGCUUGUCGAGGAAGCUGGUGGUGUUUGUCUCUUGCCAAACGGAGCGCAGUUCAUUCUCGACGGUAGAGGUAUUCUUGCGGCGAAUCGGUACCUCGCUGAGAAACUUCGUUUCCAGGCAUAUGCCUUCGCUUGA